AUGCCCGGUCCGUGCCAAUGGGUCUUUUUAGUUUGCCGAGAGGAUUGGAUUGAUCCUCGGAAGCUAGGGCCAGUGCAGAGGGCAAGCGCUCUUUUGCUUCCUUCAGGUGAGCAGGAGCGAUUGGAAGCGUUGAAGCAACAACACGCCGUGCUGGCUGGCAGUUUCAACUUUGGUGAGAAACCACCAAGCCGUGAUCUUGUGGUCAGAGGGGUGGCCAAGGUGAGCGCACGUUGCCCUUUCGCAGAUGAAUUGUCGCCGGGUUGGAGUGAUUCAUGCCUAGCUUUGAAAUAUGCAUACCACGGUGAAGCCAAAGAUUCUUACAACAUGGAGGUGCAUGAUACUUUUCUUUUUCCAGUGUGGGAGCAGAAGCUCUUGUUGACCCGACUGAAAUAUCCUCGUUGUUCAAAGACAAAGGUCCAAGUUCGAUGGAGCGAGUGUGAUGUUGGUGCAAAAUCGCACAAGACUUCCAUGGUGUUUUGCAUUGAAGAUUGGACCUUGGGCAAUGUCAGACCUUCGCAGCAAGAUGUUGCAGACAUGAGUGUAUGCAAACCUGCCAUGGAUAGCUAUUCAACGUUAGGCUCAUCUGUGUCGAAGCUGGAGGGCCUUAGUCAGCUCUCUGUUUUGUGCUUGCCAGCCGACCUUGUUUUUUCUGUUUUGUGCGGAGCGCAUCAUCAAGUGCCUAUGUUGGCUCGUUGGACGCACCGGUUUUUUCCUUCCUUGACAGAAGGUUUGUCUGCAGAGUGGUUAGGUCGUGUCACAGCAUCCAUCGACAAAGAAAGGGAUGAGGUGGGAGUGAGGGAAGAGCUGCUGACGCAUGAGGCUCUUCAAGGUCUCAUGUCCAAUUUCAGGAAAUUAGGCCAGCAGGUUAUUGAGGUGACCCUGGAUGAAGAUGAGGCCUGUGGCUUGAGUUUCGAGGUGAGUAGUCAGCUGCGACGUUUGCGGAACCAUUUGUAUGCCUUGCAGGUUUUGCGAUUCCCAGCUGCCUCAAAGGUUCGGCGGAUGAAAUUCCCUUCCGAUGCUUUGGUGCAACAAGUUCUCUCCAGCUUAGAUUUAAAGAAUAAAGCCACACUUCAAGCGCACGCAGCCAAAUUUGUCAACUUGCUGCCCUCCGCUUUGAGGCCUUUCCUUGAUAGCUGGGUUUCCAACAAGAUUGCCAGUGGUAGCACUUUGAACAGGAGUGAGUUGAUCCUAGAUAUGGCCUUGCAACUUCUGCAUAGAACGCGUUUGGGAUCGGCUGGUGAAGUUUUCAAGUUUGCGUGGGGAGAUGCCACUGACAAGUGGGACAUGGAAAUUUACAAUGCUCGGUAUCGCUGGCUCAAGAAAGCUGAUUGUGUACAACUGGCUCGUGCGUGGCGCUUUUUGUGCACACAUCCUUUCGUAAAGGAUAUGGAUAGGGAUCUUGCUCAGAAGCGGCGUGAGCUUUCAACUCUCUUGUUUCAAUCCAUCCACAUGCACACGCUCAUGCCGCAGCUCCGGGGCAACAAGAAAACAGCUUUGAGUGACAAGGUGUCUGCCCAUGUGCACGCUAGCUUGCUGGAAUCCGAGAACCUUAGCAAGUUGGAUGAACAUUUUGCCAGUCAUGUGUGUUGGUGCUCGGACAUGGGAACUGAAGCUGGCCUCCCCAGCUUUCAUGUCUUGCAGGCAGAGCAAGUGUUACCGGACUGGCUGCGGCCAUCCCGAGUGAACAUCCAACACGCUGAUGACGACGCGCUUGAUGUAGGUCCAGUGUUUGAACCAGGAGACGCUGACGUCCGAGCUUCGCCCCUCAUGCCUAACGCAGUUCAAGUUCCAGGCAUAUGCCACGCCAUUCACAAUGCCACAGGGAAGUUGAACGAUGCCUUUCAUGGCUUUGACGAUUUCCUUCAAAAGCUGAAAACACUGUACCGCUUCUUGGGCGACCCACAGCGUUGCAGUCGGUUUGUGGAAGUUGCGAUGAGGGGCACAUUGCAUUAUGACCGGGCCAAGCAGUUGUUCUUGAGGAAACUGACUUCAAUUUACACCGAGAGGUGGAAUGUUAUCGCCAUUUGUCUUGAAGAAUCUUUGCCAUUGCUCCUCUUUCUGCGUGCUCAUUGGGAUGAAGUUCGUUUCCUAGACACGCCUGAUAAGAAUGCUCCUUCUGCGAAAGCUGGUUGGUCCCCUUCUCAUGUCACAAACAUAGUGAAAGACAACUACUUUCUGGUGUUUUGGCGCAUGCAGCUUGCCAUUCGAAAGCUUUUGCUAAAGUUUACGUCUUGGGCAGAGGGGUGGGCGCAUCCUGUUGCAGAUGUUGCUCGCGCUGCUCUGACGCAUGCCAAGUCCUUGUGGGAUGCUUUGCCGCCAAAAGCCAAGGAUUGCCAGCACAGCGUUGCUCAGAAGCUUUUUGACAGCAAAGAGACUGUUUUGAACAAUCAGCUGAAUGCUUUCCUUGCUUCGUCGCAGACACUGGAAGACUACCCAGACUUGGAAGCUUAUCUUGCACCAUUCAGUUUCGUUCAAGUUGCGGAACGUUUGAUCGAGGCCGCUCAUAAAGACUUAGGCCACGCUCGCCCAAAGAACUUUCGCAUGACCAUGCUUUCUCUGAACAUGAGACUCCCUGAGUUGGACAAGUUCUUGGCUUUAAACCCACAAGGCUUUUCAAUGUUGGUGGAUGCAUUUGGUGAAGCCCGCGAGUUUGCCCAUUUUGCUGACAUGUUUCCAUGCCAUCGCAACCACCCUGAGCUACUGAAGGUUGGCCGGAGCAAGAAGCGAGAUUUGCUCUUAGCCUUCGCCCGUCAUGCAUUGUACCGGGAUUCCAUGAUGCAGUUUGCUGAGAAUGAAGAGGCUGUGCAGGUGUUGAAAUUGUUUACUCCAGUCUUGCUGCAGCCUUCUCAGAUGAGGCUUGCUGAAUCUUUUGGCAUCAAUGAAAUCCCUCAUGGGCAGAUGGCAGACACUUAUGAGCACAUUUUUGGAGGGAUGUGUCCAAAGGAUGCUGCCCGAAAAGCAUUGCAACAGAAGAGAAAGCAAAGCGUUCCUCUAGCUUUGGAAGCAGAUGUUGACUUAGCAGAUCAAGCUGAGGCAGAGCCCCGCCACGAAACUGCCAAGAGGUCUAGAGGUUUCAGCCCUGCCAGCGAUGAGGCUGAGGUCGAUCUUGGUCUUGAUGUUCCUCAAAGCCCCUUGGCAGACCCUCCUGAGGCGCAUUGCUUGAUGGCCCUGUGCUUGACCAGGCGGAAGGUGAGUCUGGAAUACCUUCGUCUUCAGGUGGUGACGCUGCCCCAAGCUCUGGUUCCAAGCCGCAUGUUUGAGGAUGCCAGUGAGGAGGCGAGGCGCGAGCAGACCAUCCGCCGGGUGGCAAAAGUCUACAAUUGCACUUGCCCGAUUUUGUACUCUGGCCAUGAGAUUGACCCGGUGGCGCGCCAUUUCAUUUUGAACUCUGACCAUUGUCCAAAGCAUCUUUUUGGUGACAUUGGUGAGCAGUUUCAGCCAAGUGUGAUUGAGCAAAUGCAGUAUUGCUGCACUGUCAUGCAGAAGCGGGCUGAGAAAGCAGCAGAGGCCGGGGGUGAGAAUGAGACUUCAAAGAAGAAGGUGAUGGACUCAAUCAGCAAACGCUGCGUGAUGAAGCUGCUGGCUAUAGCCAAAGCAGCAAUCGCAGAUGGCCGUGUGAAUACCUCAGGCUGGUGCUACGUUCAUGACGGAGAGUGCGAAUUCUGGCCAACGCUGUCGGAAGGAGACAAGGUUUUGGAAGCAGGUGGAAACAGCUGCGUUGCUUUCUCACAGCAGGGCACACAUGGAAGGUGGCUUCACCGCUCAGCGAUUGUGACUGCCCUUUGGCUGGCCAAAACUCGCGCAAGACAAGUGGAUUUUGUUUUGCAAGAAUGUUCUUCUCUUUUCAACACGCAGGAGGCUUUCCAUGAAGCCUUUGGAGAAGGUUUCAAGACCAUCGUCUUGAAGGUGAAGUGUGAAGACCUUGGUGUCCCCAUGGUCCGCUGGAGGAACUACAGCUGGACCAUCAACACCACGACAAUGGACUUGCAGCGGCACUUCACCCGGCAGGACUUUCUGGAUGUUGCCAAACAUCCAAUCGAUGUAGAUGGGCAUGCUUUUUUCCUGGCCCCUGAGGACAUGGUUCAGGAGCAUUUGAGGCGCAAGUUGCUGCACCAAAAGGGCAUCCCAGUUGCUCCAGGUGACAAGGUGGCCAUGGAUGCGGCGUUGGAUGUUGGGUCCAAGCUCCAUCUGCAGGACUAA